GUAGGACCCCUGCAGUUGGCUGUGGGGCUUAACAUCACUUGAACAAAGAAAAGAGGUGGAAAUUGCACCAUACCCGUGCAGAUCCACCUCCAGUGACAGCUCUGGUGGUGCUGGAGUUGCUGCUGGCCAUCACCCUCAACGGGUCUGCACCCAGCAAGGAACCAUCCAGCAAUCCCCUUCUCACCUUCUUGUAUUUCUGCCUUGUGUAUGCAUAAUUGAGUGAGACCAUGCUUUAGUAGGAGGCUCAGUGAAUGCUGAAUUGGUGAUCAAGCCUCAGUUUUGCUUUUCAGUUUAUAGUCUAAAUUUUGAAAUGAUCAGAGUGUAAGGAUACAGUGCUCUGACUGCUCUUUGGCUGCAAUUACUCCUGUGGUUUGAGGAGGGGAAUAUAACUUUUUCUAAUUUGUAUCAUGACUCGUACAGAGUUUGAGCUUUAUACCGAGGAUAAACAUGAAAAGAAGCCUGAGGAAAAGGUUGUUAGUGCAGCUGGGAUAGAGAAUGAAGUCCCUCUGGUGGUCAGACCUAAGGUUAGGACCCAGGCCCAGAUAAUGACUGGAGCGAGGCCUAAAACCAAGACCAAGGUUGUUCCUGGAACAUGGCCGAAAACUGAAGCAAGAGCAAUGGGUAGUGUAUAUACUAAGUAUAAAAUUAAAAAGAUCCAUGAGUCAAGAUCCAAAGAUGAUGCCCAGACCUGGGCCCUGAGUGAAUUUGGGCCUGAAUCAAUAUCAAAGAUGGAGCAAGAGUCCCAAAUCAAUGUCAUAAUCUCUCCAGGGGUCAGUAGUGAUUCUGGGUCAGUUGCUAAUACUAAAUGCCUGUUUAUGGAUAGAGAAUCGAUUAAUAUAGACAAUGAAAGCUUUCCUGGAAAGAAGGUUCAUUCUCAAGUGGGAUUCCCAUCUUCAUUUGUGUCAGGAAAAGUGACUGAUAGUGAGCCCUGGAGUUAUCCCAGGCAUAUAUCCAAACAGAAGCCUUCUCAGAAUUCUGAUUUCAAUUGGGUAGACAAAUCUGUGAAUUCCUGGUUCUGGAGUCAAGAAGAGGUCAAUGGAAGAUUUCAUCCUAGAAACAGGAUAAAAGCCAGUACCAGAUCCAAGUACAUGUCCAAACAAGAGGCAACUAACUAUUCUAGGCACAAAAACAAACAGGAUCUCUAUAUUGUGUCUAGUAGUUCUGGUUCUGAGGAUGAGUCUCUUAAGACGUCCUGGUUUUGUGGUAAACAGAAGACCAAUCCCUUGUCCAAAUCCAGGGAAGAGGUUAAUAGCAGAUCCUGGUUUAGGUCUGAGAAAGAAGUCAAUAUCGAAUUCAGUCCUCGGUCUGAGUAUGAAAAUGCUAUGAAGUCCUGGUUCUGGGAUAGAGAAGAGACCAAAUAUAGUACCUUACCUAGAACCAGGAAAGAGACCAAUGAGAGGGCCCGUUACAGUCCCAAGCAAGAAGCUUGCAUUGAAACCAUGACUGAGUCUACAGAUGUAAAUCAAAAAGAGUCCUGGUUCUGGCCUGAGGAAAAGGGUAAUACAUUUUUAAGGUGUAACACCAAAAAAGAGUCCAGGGCCCAAGCAAUGGAAAAGGAAGAAGCCAGAACCAGGGACAAACGAGAAGAAAGACCACAGGAAGAGACCUUCAUUGAGACCUGGUUCUGGGCUACAGAAGAGUCCAGCCUGAUGGAUGUUCCCAGCAUAAAGUCCAGUCCACAAUUAAAGGAUGAGUCCAUUAUUGGUAGUUGGUUCUGGACUGAAGAAGAGGUCAGUAUGGAGACCAGGUCCAGCAGCAAAUCCAGACUGGAGGUCAAGGAGCUUAUUGACAAUUCCUGUUUAGGAGAUGGGGAGAAAACUAGUAUAGAAAUGGGGGCUGAGGCCACCUCUCAAUCUAUACUAGCAGCUAAUGAUGAAGAGGUCAUUGUUGGUUCCUGGUUCUGGGCUGGUGAAGAAGUCAAUCCCGAGCCCAAAGAAGAGACGAUAUUUGGGGCCUGGUUCUGGAGCACUGAUGAGGCCAGUGGAGAAUCUGAUGUUGGGAUCAGCUGUGAAUCAAGGCCAAGGUCUGCGGAAGAAGUCAUAGGUCCCUGGUUAUGGGCUGGAGAAGUCAGUAUUGGGGCUGGGGUUGGAGAAGAAUUUAGCCAAGAAUCUGAAGAAGAGACAAUGUAUUUGUCCUGGUUUUGGUCUGAAAACCAGACUUCUAUGGAUUCUGCAACGGAAGCUAGCAGUGAUGUGCCAGGAGCUGAGGAGGAGGAAGAUCCCAUGUUUGGGUCCUGGUUCUGGGCCAGAGUAGAUGCAUGUGAGGAGUCUACAGUCAACAGCAAGUCUAGCCUGGAGGAUGAAGAGGCCAUUAUAUCGUCUUCGUUUGUGGCCAGAGAAGAGGCCAAUAUGAAGUAUGGAGCUGGUGCUAGAUGCAAAUUUAUGGCGGAAACUGAAGAUACUAAUAAGUCUUGCUUCUGGGCAGAAGAGGAACCCUGUAUGUAUCAUGCCAGUAGAAGAAACUGGAAAUUUAGAGCAGAGGAGGAAGAGGACAUUGCUGAUUCAAGGUUCUGGUCUAGAAAAUACACACGACCAGAGGCCCUAGUGGGGUCGUGGUUAUGGGCUGCUGAAGAGGGCAGUACAGAUUAUAAGAUUAGACAAGAGGCCAUGUUACCAACUAAAGAGAAGACUAUGACCAAGUCUCAGUUCUGGAAAGAAGAUAAAGACACCACUAUAGAGGUUACUGAUAGAAAGGAGUCCUGGCCAGAAGCUGAAGAGGAGGACAUUAUUGGUUCUUGGUUCUGGUCUGAGGAAGAGGACAGACUUGAGGCACAAAGAGAGGGUAGAGAAGAGAACAGUUUAGGAGUUGAGGAGGAGGAAUCUGUUUUUAGGUCCUGUGGUAAGCAAGAGGCUGUUACAGAGUCUGGGUUUUCCAGCAAAUACAGUUCCAAAGCUGAUGCAGAGGAAGUCAUUGUUGGGUCCUGGUUCUGGGAACAAGAAACUAGUCUGGAGGCAGUUACAGCAGAUACCUUUGAGUCCAAAACUGGGACUGAGGAGGAAGAAAUCAUUGUUGGAUCCUGGUUCUGGCCUAAAGAAGCUAACAUAGAAGCUGGAUCUCAGGCAGUAGAGGAAACCAGGUCAAAAACUGAAGAAAAAACAAUUUUGGAGUCCUGCUGUGCUAAAAAAGAAGUCAAUAUAGAAGCAGGGAUGUGCUGUGUAUCGAAGCCAGAGUAUGAUGAAGAAAUGAUUGUUGAGGCCUGGUUCUGGUCUACAGACAAGACCAUUAAGGAAACUGGAACUGUAGCUACCUGUGAGUGCAGGUCACAAGAUGAUGAAGAAGAAGUUGUUGAGACUUGGUGUAGAGCUACAGAUGAGGUGAAUAAUGGGACUGAUGAUGGAACCAACUGUGAGUCUAGGAUAUUAGUUGAUGAGGAGGACAUAGUGGGGUCCUGGUUCUGGAUAGGAGAUGAGGCCCAUUUUGAAUCAAAUCCUAGCCCUGUGUUCAGGGCUACUUGUGAGUCUUGGGGCUCAGUUAAGGAGGAACCUGACCUUUCACACAGACCCCAGAGCUGGGAGGAGGUCACUAUUCAGUUCAAACCCGGUCCAUGGGGUAGAGUUGGCUUCCCAUCUCUAAGCUCUUUUAUAUUUCCAAGAGAAGCGGCCCCUCUGUUCUCUGAACUGUUUGGGGAAAACAGGCAUGUGGAGCGUAUUGCAGAAGAUGAAGAGCAAGAGUCUUUCCUUCAUGUUGAACCUGAGUUCUCAUUUCAGUAUGACCCAUCCUACCGGUCAGUCCAAGAAGUUCGAGAGCAUCUUAGGGCCAAAGAGAGUGCAGAGUCUGAGAGCUGGUCCUGCAACUGCAUACAGUGUGAACUUAGAAUUGAUUCUGAAGAGUUUGAAGAGCUCCUUUUAUUAAUGGACAGAAUUCAGGAUCCUUUUAUUCAUGAAAUAUCUAAAAUUGCAAUGGGUAUGAGAAGGGCUUCUCAAUUUACCAGAGAUUUUAUUCGGGAGUCAGGUGUUGUCUCACUUAUUGAAACCUUGCUGAAUUAUCCAUCCUCCAGAGAUAAGACAAGGUUUUUGAAAGAGAUGAUUCUUACGGCUCCAUCUUAUCCAAAUCUAAACAUGAUUCAGACAUACGUAUGUCAAGUGUGUGAGGAAACCCUUGCUUACAGUGUGGAUUCCCCUGAGCAGCUGUCUGGAUUAAGGAUGAUUAGAUAUCUCACUACUACUACUGACUACCACACACUGGUUGCCAAUUAUAUGUCUGGCUUUCUCACCUUACUAGCUACUGGCAAUAACAAAACGAGGUUUCAUGUUCUGGAAAUGCUGCUGAAUUUGUCUGAAAAUUUUAUCAUGAUGAAAGAGCUACUCAGUACUGAAGCAGUGUCAGAAUUUAUGGGCUUGUUUUACAGGGAAGAGACAAAUGACAAUAUUCAAAUUGUUCUUGCAAUAUUUGAGAAUAUUGGUACCAAUAUCAGAAAAGAUACAGUGUUCAUUGAUGAUGAUGAUGAUGAUUUCAGUCUUGAGCCCCUUAUUUCUAUAUAUCAUGAGGUUGAGAAAUUUGCCAAGCAACUGCAAAGCAAAAUAGACAAUCAGAAUGAUCCUGAAGCAGACCAAGAAAAUUAGUAUGAUUAGUUGCUUGCGUAUGAUUGUCAUUAUGUUCCUGAGUUAUGAUUGUUGAAUAAUGCUUUGGUUUUCAUAGAUAGUUGUGUAUUGCAGUGUACCUAUUUAAUGCUGACGCUUUUUAUCCAAAUCUUUGUGCAAGCUAGAUCAUUUUUCUGAUGCCAAGUGAAUAUUAUAAUUGAAAACACACUUGAUAUUUGUCUUGCCCAGAUUAUAAUAUUUAGUAUUUGAGCUUACAGUGAACUGAGGCAUCAUAAAUAAGCUAUCCCUCUGAUUGUUGUUCUAAUGAGUAGGUAUCCUAUUCUUGUUUGUGUUUCAAUAAAGUUCUGUGAAAUUUA